GUAGAUUACGCAUGGGCGCAUGCCAAAGCCCAAUGUGCAUUGAGAAUAAUUUGACACUGACAAAUCUAUGGAUAUCAUACCAUCUAACACGACGUCGACUAUGGUUGGUGUGAAUCAAUUAAUUUAAAGGUGAUCGAACUGAAGUUGAUAGAUAUGAUAACCAUGAAUGAAACAAAGGAGGAAAGAAACGUGGACAAGUUUGGCUUUUGGUAAGAACAUUAAUCAUGGAGAGUAAUCAGCAAAUAGCAUUUUCUGGGGGAGUUGCUAUUCACAUUCUCUCUGUUUCUACUCCAUCUCCUACUUUAGGUUUGAAAUUGUGGGGGGCGAAAAAAGUUGGUGCUUCUUCUCAAUGAUUUUAUGGCUCUGAGAACAUUCUGAAGUCCCAUCGGUCGCUUGUUGCUUUCUCCUCGAGUAAGGGAAACUCAUAUCAGUCUCUUUAUGUUUUUUGCUUUGGCUCUGUAACAUCGAUUCAAAUUGAUGGGCUGUGCAAACUCGAAGUCGAAGAGCUGCCAUCACUGCCAGGCGCCGUAUUCGUCGCCAGUGCCCCUGAGCCGAAGCUACUCCACGCAAAUCCACCACACACCGCGAAACAAAAGAGACAGUCGCCAUGUCGUUGCUCUCACGUCCUCCACGCUAGGCUGUCUCAAUCUUGAUUUCUCUCGCAUAGACGUUAACGAGUUCAAUGAGAAAUUCAUUGCCAAGGGUGGUGAUUUCAGGCUUCAUGGCGAAAACGGCGACGUCGAAACAGUCGGUGAUGAAUUUUUGGGGGGACUAGUUGAGGAGGCCAAGACUUGGUCUGAUAUGAUUGAGGAGAAGAUACCGAAGGUGCUUCCUAAAACUCCAGUUAGGACUCCUCCUGGAGAACCAGAGACGAUCAACACAUGGGAGUUAAUGGAGGGCCUCGAAGAUGUUAGUCCUUUUCGGUCACCAAAUUACUUCAAGAGUUCCUCUUUCAACGGUCCGAUCCAUCAAUUGGUGCCGCGUGGUCAUCCUGCGACAUUGAGAUUUGAAGAGACCUGCUCAGAAGGAGCCGAUUGUUGCUCUAAAUCAAGCGCCUCAGAGGUUGUCUCUGAUGAAGAAGCCAUAUCCAAUUUCAAGAAGUACCUUGAAAAACUCUCACCUACUCGUCCAUUCCAUGUACCUCCAUCAAAUGAUCAAAAUGGGUCUUCAAUAGCUUUCAAUGGCAAGCCACUGGAUGUAACUGAAGCUGACCGGGUGAGUUGCGCAUUGGCGGAUGACGAUAACUCUUUUCCGCAUAGGAAAGAGAUGGUGAUCGUGUACUUUACGAGCCUGAGGGGUGUGAGGAAGACCUACGAAGACUCUUGCAAUGUGCGGAUCAUACUCAAAGCAGUUGGAGUCCGGAUGGAUGAGCGAGAUGUGUCACUGCAUUCUGGGUUCAAGGAAGAACUGAAGGAGCUUUUGGGAGGUUGGUUUAGCGGGGCAGGAUUGCCAAGGGUGUUCGUGGGCAGCAAGUGCAUUGGCGGGGCUGAGGAAAUCCGGAGAUUGCACGAGGAAGGACGGCUCGAGAAAGUUUUAGAGAACUGCGAAAAGGUCGAUGAUCGUUGUCUCAUCAGAGGAGGUGGCGAUGGGAUUUGUGAGGUCUGUGGGGACAUAAGGUUCGUGCCUUGCAAGACGUGCUUCGGGAGUUGUAAGGUACACUGUGACCGCGAUGAAGACGAUUACAGCACAAAAGAAGGUGAGGGCGAUUAUUUCGGGUUUCGGCAGUGCCAGGAUUGUAAUGAGAAUGGCCUCAUCCGGUGUCCGCUUUGUUGUUAUUGAUCUCAAGUGGCAAAAGAUCAGUCUUUUGCUUACAUUGGUUUCUGCAUUUUGCUGAGUUAUCCUUUGUGAGUUGCUUUUGUUUGUGUAUAGUCUGUUGUUAUCUGGCUUGAAUGA